AUGCAUAUGCUUAUUGCCUUGUAUGGCAGAAACCAACCGAAGCUCCAAAGAUCUGGUGUUCAAGCAAAACCAGAGAAACCUUCAAUCACUAAGCAGGCCAGCAAGGCAGAUGGUCAAUAUCUUUCUGGAUUAGAGCUCAAUCGGCCCAUACCCAUUGCCAAACUUCAUUUGGAGAUCAUGCGCAGUCAAUUGUAUGUAAAACUUCAAAUGCGUGUUAGAGCGGCGGGCAACGCUGAAAUAUCGUGCCUGAGAAAAUUUCUAUCAAAGCUUGUGAUUCCCUCCCGGAGGAGACUGAAAACAAAUACAAGUGAAAGAUUUGUACAACCAGGGACAUCACAG